UAUAUAGUGGUAAUGUCAUAAUAUAUAGUGGCAAUGUCAUAAUAUAUAGUGGUAAUGUCAUAAUAUAUUGUGGUAAUGUCACAAUAUAGUGGCGUUGCCAUUCUGCCCUUGAGCAGUUAACCCCCCAACAAAAAACCUGCUCUCCGGGAACCGAUGACAUGGACAUGGAUUAAGGCAGCCCCCUGCACCUCUCUGAUUCAGAUGGGUUGGGUUAAAUGUGGAAAAACACAUUUCAGGUGAAUGCAUUCAGUUGUGCAGCUGACUAGGUAUCCCCUUUCCUUUCCCAGAUUCCCCAGUGUUUGGCUGUGGAGGAGCAACACAAUCCCUCUGACCCUCUAAGCAUGCCAUAACCCAACUGAUCCUCUAGUCACAUGCACUGGGAGGUGGCAGCCAAGGUCUUGGAGAAAGAAGCCUUGGGAUUCGAGGAGCUCGAACAGGCUCCAAGCUUAGAACAUUCCCCUUUUUACGGUUCCAGGUUCUUGACCUUCUCUGCUUCAAGUGUAAUACACAGUACAAACUACAAAGAAAUGAAUUGAAACAUAGAGCAAUUAUUUGAGAAAACAAGUCAGGAAAUAAUGAAUGAUGAGAAAAUGUUAUGGGCAUACAAUAAAGAGAAUAUGGGAGAAUGGCAAGAUGCAGUCAGUGUAGGUCAUUGUAAGACACAUCUCCAUCACUAACAUAACCAUAUAGGUAUUGCAUGGUAAAAUUGGGGACAUACUUUUGCAACUCUGAAUCCAAAAAUAAAAUGAAAAUUGUUAUUAUUAGUCCCUACCGUUGGAAAACUUUGAGGGAUGAGAACAUGGACCAGAAUCAGAGACAAUUAUUUAUCGUUUACUGUGAGGGCUGAUCUGUAUGACUUCAGGAGUUUAUAUAUAGCAGUUUGUCUGGUUGAGUGGGGAUUUAUAAAAGGUUGUGUCAAACAGGAGUUAGAAUACACAAAGAAGAGGGAAGGGAAGGAGGAGACAACGUAGAUACCUGACCCUGUAGAGAGUGGGGAAGAGAAAACUGCACAAAGAUCACCCACAGUCAGUCAGAUAGCUAUAACUGAGAGCUUUUUUAGUGUGGCGACAGAUUUGUGUUGUGUUUUUUAUUAAAAAAAACUACAUUGAUAUAAUAGUAAGCUGUAUGUGUAGGGAGGCAGUGUUGGACAUUUGUUGAGAUAAAGACUGUUGCUGUUGGAAGCGAUGGCUUUAUCUGGACCAUGCUUCCAGAGGGGUUUGGAGGCUCUAUGGAGGCAAGAUGAAGAAUUUAGGGGGGAUAAGCACAAUAUAGAUCGAGAUGGAGAAGAGUGUGCAGGAGAAGUGAAAGAAAAGGAUUGUGGGGAUCAGGUGAACACAGAAGAAGAAGAUAAAGAUGAUGAAGCAUUUAGAAGGGAGGAAAACAGUCAAAUACAUCUAAAGAGAGAGUCAACUGAAAAAGAGGAGGAUGAGCUUCAAGAAGUGAAAGAAGAGUGGACAGUUGUUGGAGGGCAGAAAGGUGGAAUAGAGGAUGUGGAUUCAAUAAGGGUAUACGGCAGAGACUCCUAUACAAGAGAAAUGUUCCAAACCCUGCAGCAGCUCAGGGACUCCUCUCUCCUCACUGACCUGACUCUGAGCACUGAGGAUGGGCAGCGUCUCCACGUGCACUCCCCUGUCCUGGCUGCUGUCAGCUCCCUCGUACACCAGAGACUGCAAGAGAGGGAUGAGGAGAACGAGAGGAGAGAGGUUGACAUGUAUAUACAAACAGAGAUAUCCAUCAGUCUGGGUCCUGAGGUGGGGUGUGUGGGGCUGGCAGGGGUGCUGGAGUUUGCCUACACUGGGGCCUUAGGAGCUCUGAACAGACACACACUGGCCCAGAUACAGACUGCAGCUACUAUACUAGGGGCCCCCAGAGUUCUAGAACUCUGCAGUGAAGAGGAGGAGAAAAUGAAGAAGGGAGUAGAGAAGAGAGCAGAAGAGAAGAUCUCUGCUGAAGAACAGAUGAAGGUCAGUCUUCAGUCCAUCAGACAAUUGUGGACAAAGAGAGUGGGCUGUGAUGUGGAGCUGGAGGUUGGUGGGGCAUCAUUUCAUGUCCACAGAGUGCUCUUGUCUGCCAGUAGUGACUACUUCCGGGGAAUGUUCACCAGCGGGAUGAAGGAAUCCCAGCAGGCCUGUGUGGCCCUUCCCUUCCUGGAGGCCUCAGAGCUGGAGGCCCUGAUUGGCUACUCCUACAGUGGGUCCCUCCCCCUCAGCUGGGGACGUGUCUUUGAGAUCACCUGCAUUGCCUUCCAGCUCCAGUUCCAGCCCGCCCUCUUGCUGUGCCUCGACUUCCUGAAACAAGAAAUGGACGCCCACUCCUGCCUGGACGUGGCGUCCUUCGCUGAGGCUUAUGGUAUAACAGAACUCCUGGAAGUGGCCAACGACUUUGUCCUGAGACACUUCCAAAAUGUGGCAGCCACCCCUAAAUUCCAAGACCUGCCAGUCAAGAAGCUUAGAAAGUACCUGAAAAGCAACUCCCUCUUUGUGCCCUCUGAGCUUGUGGUCUUCAAGGCAGUGGUGGUCUGGAUCGAGGCCUGUCCCAGCGAAAGGCUUAAACUCACCAAAGAGCUGAUGAAGAACGUCCACUUUCCUCUCAUGACAUUCAAGGAGUUCAGUGAAGUUAAAACCGCAAAACUGUGGACUGAAUGCAACAUAAAACGUCUCUACCAGACUAUGCUGGAGGACUUUCGCUCUUUUCACAUUGCAUCUGAGACCCUAUGCAGGGUCUACCUGCCAAAGGACAGCCUAGUCUUGGUGGGUGGAGACCAGAUCUCUGCCGACUUUAUCCGGCGAUCCCCCAGUCGAGAACUGUGGUUUGGGAACUCUCUAAGGAACUACACAGGCAUUGUGAAGACAGUUGAGUGGAGGUUGCUGGGAGAGAUGCCAAAGCCACCAAGGUUAAGUCACGAGUUGGCUGUAGUCGCAGGGAAGUUGUACGUGCUCGGGGGACAGAGUUAUAAAGGCAUGCUUGGCGUUCUAAACUCGGUCUACAGAUAUGAUCCGCUUCAGAACCGCUGGGAGAGAUUGGCCAACUUGCAGGAGAAAAGGUGUAAUUUUUCUGUGGUUGUUCUAGACGAGAUGAUAUAUGCCAUUGGAGGGUACAUUGAUCCAGAAACUAACCUGGAUAGUGUGGAGCGCUACUGUCCAAAUACAGAUUCCUGGAGCUUUGCCCAACCCUUGGAUAUGACCUUGAGUUGCCAUGCUGCCACAUUGUUGGAUGGAGAGGUCUUCAUCUCAGGGGGGUUCGACUGCAGGUGCCACUGUCUGGUGUCCAUGUUCCUGUACCAUCCUGAGAGAGGAACAACCUACCUGGCAGAGAUGAGCCAACCUCGAGCCCAUCACUGCAUGGAGACUUUAAACAACCAUCUUUAUGUGGCUGGAGGAGUCACUGUUGAUGAAAACAUGACAUCUAUUGACCAGCUGGCCUGUGAGGUCUACGACCCUGUGAGUGACUCCUGGAGCGCCCUCACACCCCUGGCCGUCUCCCAUGUUGGAGCAGCCUCUGUGGUUCUGGAGGGGAAGAUCUAUGUGCUGGGAGGAUACUGCCAAGAGAGAUACAGGGAGACCAGACUGGUGCAUCGCUAUGAUCCCACCAUCCAACUAUGGGAGAAUAUCGGCGAGAUACCCGGACCUAACACUGACAUAAGAGCCUGUUUGCUCCACCUGCCCAAACACUUGAGACAAUGAAACAUCACUAUACAUCCUAUAACACCACACUAAAUAUUAUUCCAUUACAUGACCCACACCUUACUCCACCAGUAUUCUUAUAAGUUAAGAAUACUGAGUAUACCAUCCGUCUAGCUAACACCAAGCUAUAUUUUCAGUUUUGCAAAUCAUUUCUGUUGUUAAUAUUUAGCUCACACCAUUUCAGAUCAUUAAUAAAAUGAUAUAUACAUGUUCUCUACUGUCUCACAGCUAACUGAACCAGCUGGCGGAUUGCUAAUUUUCUAUAGGUAAAUUCAAUGUAGAUGUACAAGUUGAUGGUGAAAAUCAAGCUAUUUAGCUAGACAGCUUUUUUGGCAUCUGCUUUAGUGUCACAUUCUAGGGCUUGGGUAAUAAAUGAACUAUCAUUAGCUAGUUCCAAAAUUAUAACCAAUUGCCAUAGCCAACUUAUGUAAUGUAACAUUGAUCUUACAAGCAUGUAUUUCAAUGGAUGAGGAUGUUAAUAUUGCUUUAACACUUUAUGUAGCAUGUGCCAUACUUGAAUCACUAUAUUCACAAGGACACCAAUUAAGCAACUUUAACAUGUUUAUUUCUCUACAUGUGCAGGCUAUAAGUGAAUUACUAUAACAAAACAGGAAGGGUAUUACAAUUUCAGGGUAGCUUCAUGUCCUCGUGAGAAAUGAGAAACUGGGAAGUCAUACGUCUGACAUGAAUGUGUUCAUUUGCCUUUGAAGUGGGACAAAUUAUUCAACCAAUAAGAUUUUAGCUAGCUUGCUAAACUAGCUAACAUUGCUAAUGAUCAAACUAGCUACAUUUGUCUACAUUUGUCCAAAAUCAUGUGACAUAAAACAUGACUUUUCUGUCCUUGCAUUUAUGGCAGUUUAAGUUGUUAUUAUAUCAUAUAUAAAGCAUUAAUCAGUUAAAUUAGACAUUUAACUUGAACCCUGUAAGAAUCCUAGAUCUAGCUGUCAGACAGUUUUUGUGUAAAGAUAUCAGAAAUGCAGGGUAACUACGUAACAUUUCGUGUCUCCUUAUGUUACAGGGUGGAAACCGUUUUCAUGGGCACACAAAUCCAAAAUGAUGUAUGCAAUUGCAAAAUGGAAUGCUUCUAACGAAAGAGUCACCUUAACUUGAUACUUAAAACCUAAAUCGAUACUGUCAUUAACAUGGUUCUUCAGUAAUUAAGCAUUCUACUUGUUGGAUGCGCAUUUGGUGUCCAGCUGAUUAGUUACGUUGUAAUCGUCAUCUGAUCCAGGAAGGAAUUUUCUGAAUGACAGUCAAGUGACGAACAGCUGUUGUGAUAGCGCAUGCGAUAUAACAACUGCUGGAAAAAAGGUGUUUGCGAGAAAAUUAUUUUGGUGUCUCAUUCGUUAUUCAGGUGAAAACCUGUGUGCCUGGAUCCACAGUGAAUCUAAUAUCUCUAGCGAAUUGAUGUUGAUCAUCUGUUGUUGUCUGAUUGAUCUACAGCAUGGUCUCAUUCGAUUUAACAAACAACGCAUCAAGGUAAUGAAUUCAUGUUUUCAUGUUUUUGUGCCUCCGAUUGGAAACCUAGUGUGCACAAUUGUAGAGGAUAGACUAUUGCUCAACACCCAAAGCUCUUCCUAAUAAAGGCUGCAAUAUGUAACUGUAUGGGCAACCCGAUGAAAUUCACAUAGAAAUGGGAGUUAUAGAUCUGUCAUUCUCAUUGAAAACAAGUCCAAGAAAAAAGUACAAAAAAAUUAUUGAACUUACUAAGUCGCUCUGGAUAAGAGCUUCUG